CUAUAUUCUUGUACGGUCCCAGAAGCGUAAUACGAGAUUGCUUUUUUAUCUAGUUUCCACUAACUUUGAACUUUUAUAUUUUAUAUUAUAUAUAUCUUUUGACUGCACAAAUCAAGGCGAUAUAAUAAUCAAUAGCUUCAUGAGCUGUAUCUGGCUUAAGUUUGGAGAAACCCUCCAUUGGAAGAACUGUUUCCGCAAAUUCAAUAAAUUCAGGCUCAUUAUCGUGAUCUGGUACAGAUAGUUGGCUAAAUUCUUCUAGCUCAUUAAGAUCUAAAGUUUUUUUAAAAGACUCGCAACCAUAUAAUUCUGGAACAAAGUACAAUGUAUCAGGCCUUCUACGGGGAGCACCUUUGCUUGGUGCUAACAGAUGUUAAUUCCAACGAAUCGCAAAUUCAUUAAGGCUCUUUCUGAACAAAUCCAUAAAGCAGUGGCGUACACAUUCAGCAAUGAGUGCAUCACCAGCAAAAAUCCUAAGUCUGCAAGUUCUCUAAAAAAUAACCUCCACCAACUUGGUCUGUCUUUUGAAAGUUGUGACCAAAAAGAUUCGAUUCUUUGAUUAGCUGGGAAUGUACCAACAAUAAAUAUUCGUCAUUGUGCUGAGAUCUUAAUGCAAUCUCAACAGCUUCCAAAAUACAGUUUUCAGUACCAUCAUCAGACCUUUUUCUUGUUGAAAAAAUAGGAAGAUGCUUUAUCCAAAAUGCCAUUCCGUGGUUUUAUAUUUAAAUUAUUAUUAGAAUUACGUCAUUCAAAUAUGACGUAUUGUUGCGUAAUACACCGAAAUGCAUUGGGUGCGCAUUUAGCAGGAGUUCGCGGAAAAAGCCUGCUGGAGGCACACGCACGUGUUUUUGAGAUUUUGUAUACCGUUGAAGUUUUCAACUAAAAUAAAACCUUUCGAACUGUAAUCAUCGUUCAAUAAUGGAAAUAAAUAAAACGAAUAAUGAAAAUCUAGAUGGAAAGUUGUCAAAGUUUUUUUUUUUUAUUAUUCUUGGAUAUUAUAAAGAAAAAAUAAAAGCUAGAAAUAAAUCAAAAUCGAAAAUUUUUUUCCACCGGAUACUUUGUAGAUUGUAAAGAAAAACAGAAAUAUAUAUUUGAAUCCAUGGAAGAUGUCGAUGUAGCAGUUAGAAAUCUCGAGAUAAAAUCAUUAUCCCAUUUCUCUGUUUAUCAAAAAGAUAAAUCAUUCGGAGUUGCUGAUAUUAAUUUAAAAAAUCACAAGAUUCUCUUCGAAGAUAUCAAGAACAAGGAGUCACCCCAACAAAUCCUUUGGUCCGGAACUCCUUUUCUGAUUGUUGGAAAAAAGUCGCUAGAUUGCACGCACGGCGUAGAUCAUGGCAUAUUAAAAAAGAAGAAAAUACAGGAUGAAAAAAUCAAAGGAAAAGAUUCUCAAACACAUCGCAAGGUAUACAGUACGGCUCGGUUUAUGGUUCAAAAUUCGAAAAAACUUGGUUGUCCAGCAAAAAUCAUAAUUCGUGACAUCGCCUUUUUCCCAGACUUCAAAGUAAGCGCAUUUAUUUUUCCAUUACUCGUUUUGCCGUUUUAGUCUGACCAUUUUCUGCUCAUCUAUCUAACUACCACAGGACGAAGACACUCCUGAAGAUGACGAAGUUAUGAUAACACAUGUGUCUGAGUGUGACACUCCUUUGCCGAAACGAAGGAAGUUACUUUUCUCUAAAGAAGAAAGAAGCGCCAUUGUUAACAAACAAAUGAUAACUGACGAGUCAAUUAACAUCGCACAGAGUCUUUUGUUGUCACAAUUCCCAACCAUAGGAGGAUUUCAAGACACGGUUGUAGGGAAGACGCAAAGUUUUGACAUCGUGAAAUACGAAGAAAAUUACAUCCAGUUGCUUCAUGCUGGUUCUUUGCACUGGAUAUGCGUGGCAAAUGUCAACAACAACAAAAUUGACAACAGGUAUUGCUAAAUUUUUGAUAGCUUGACAAGUGGAAACGUUUCCGUAGAUGUUGCAAAUCAAAUUGCCGCCUUUUCUUACUGCCAAUCAGAAGAACUUGUUAUCGAUGUUAUGCCUGUUCAGCAACAGAAAAAUUGAAUUGACUGCGGCCUGUUUUCGAUUGCUUUUGCUACUUCAUUAGCAUUCGGUGAAAACGCAUGCGAUAAGAUAUAUGGCAAUGAUUCUCUUCGUCCACACCUUCUGUCAUGUCUAGAUGCUGGUCAAAUGACUCCCUUUCAAAGUAAGCUACGCGCAAGAAAGAGAACUUUAAGGCCGAAAAAAAAAUUUGGUAGAAAUAUAUUGCGAUUGCCGUAUGCCAUACAAUACGGACGAUGAAAUGGUGGAAUGUUCAAAGUGCAUGGAGUGGUUUCACGAUAAAUGUGCAAACAUUGCGAAUGUCCAAGCUUUGUCACGAAGAAAAUGGUUUUGUAAAAAAUGUAAAUAAAUUUCUUUAAAAAAAACACAUCAUCAUUCAACAUUUCUUUCCUGUUUUACCCAAAUAUCUACUUCCGCAAUAAAAUCUGGGUAAAUCGGGGAUCUGGGUAAUAAGUGCGGCUAAAGGAAGCCAUAUUUAAUUCCGAAGUAUUUUGAAUAAGAGUUAAUUUUAAACCACGGAAUGGCAUUUUGGAUAAAGCAUCUUCCGAAAAAAUAUGUCACAUGGCGGGGACUGAUCCCGUGUAAUAAACCUCACAAAAGGUUAAAGCUACGGACCAAUGAUGUAAAAUUGCGGACCAGAUUUUAGAAUUCAAGUUGUAAAGAGCCACAUGCAGAGAAGUGUAAGUGCAGAAGAGAAGUGUCAAAAUACUGAAGAGAAGUGUCAAAAUACAGAAGAGAAGUGUUUCGUUAUAUAGAAGAGAAGUGAUUUUGAUUUGGAAGAGAAGUGAGCCAUAGGGGCCAUCGUAAUAAUGAGGAAAUAGGCUCCGCUACUCUCCGCAAAAAAAUAAUUAAUCAAUAUAGAAAGUGUUGCGGAGAGGUUGCCAAGGCAAAGACAUUAAGCACGGCAAGGAAAGGGCAAAGGCAGGCAAGGGAACAGGAAGAGGAAUAAGCAAGGCAGGGGUAGGCAAGACAGGGGUAGGCAAGCCAUGGGAGGCACAGGCAAGGGCACAGCAGGCAGGCACCAGAAAAGGCAUAGGAAAGGAAGGGAUUUAUUAAGAACGGCAAGGAAAGGGAGCGACAAAGGCAGGCAAGAAAACAGGAAGAGGAAUCAGCAAGGCAGGGGUAGGCAAGGCAUGGGAGGCACAGACAAGGGCAUAGUAAGCAGGCAACAAAAAAGACAUAGAAAGGGUAGGCAAUGGCAAAGGAACGGCAAGGCAGGGCCAGGCAUUUAAAUAUACACUCCUUCCCCUUCUACAACUCGAAGAUUACGUAUAUUUAAUUAAGGUAUUAUAAGGUCAAUAUACAGAAUUUUAUCAAUAUAAUACAACGGGGUUGUUGUAGGUGCAAGAUAAUGUUUUUCAUGCCCUGUCCAGGAUUCGAACCUGGAUCUCUCGUUUACGAGUGUCAUAGCCAUUAGACUAACAAGGCGUAAUAAUUAUGUAAUUUUGUUAAUUAAAUAUACUUAAAUAUUUACACUUGUGUCUAAUAAAGUAAGUAAUAUUGAUCAUUAUCCAUCAGUUUUUGACCUUUCGUAUUAAAGGAUCGUGUGUUUCAGGCUUAAUCCCGAAGUUUGAGGUGAAACUAAGUAAGUUUAAUCAACGAGUCAUAAAAUUAAAAGUCUUUAAAUUAACACGAAUUUUGAAAAACCGGUUUACACGCUUUUUUUAUAAGAAUAUUGUUUUUUC